CCGCCCCGGCCGGGCAGUGACGCGCCGCGGCGGUGCCACCCCUCUCCCCGGGAGCCGCGGCGGCGGCGCAGCAGCUGGAGCCGCGGGCUGUCAGCGGAGCCCGCCCGCUCACUCGCCAAGCCCGGCGCCCGUCUCCGCCUCGCCUCCCGCCCAGGAUGAAACUUCGGUGAGCAGUGAGGAUUUUGAUAUGAAUGACUCCACAUGGAUGUCAGCUGACCCACACCUGGCCUCCAGCCUGAGCCCCAGCCAGGACGAGAGGAUGCGGAGCCCGCAGAACCUCCACAGCCAAGAGGAUGACGACUCCUCCUCUGAGAGUGGUAGCGGCAAUGGCUCCUCCACCCUGAACCCUUCCACGUCGAGCAGUACGCAGGGUGACCCUGCCUUCCCUGAAAUGAAUGGCAACAGUGCUGUGGCCCCCAUGGACUUCACAGCAACCACAGAGGACCAGCCCAUCAACCUGUGUGACAAGCUCCCCACAGGCACAACUCUGGGUACCCCCACGUACCCAUCGGAUGGCUGUGGCCCUGAUGGAUUGCGGAGCCGCGUCAAGUACGGGGUGAAGACCACCCCUGAGUCACCCCCCUACAGCUCAGGGAGCUACGAUUCCAUCAAGACCGAGGUCAGCGGCUGCCCAGAGGACCUGACGGUAGGCCGGGCCCCGACAGCAGAUGACGAUGACGACGACCAUGAUGACCACGAGGACAAUGACAAGAUGAAUGACUCUGAGGGCAUGGACCCCGAACGCCUCAAGGCUUUCAACAUGUUUGUGCGUCUCUUUGUGGAUGAGAACCUGGACCGCAUGGUGCCCAUCUCCAAGCAGCCCAAGGAGAAGAUCCAGGCCAUCAUCGAGUCUUGCAGCCGGCAGUUUCCCGAGUUCCAGGAGAGGGCCCGCAAGCGCAUUCGCACGUACCUCAAGUCCUGCCGCCGCAUGAAGAAGAACGGCAUGGAGAUGACCAGACCCACGCCUCCCCACCUGACCUCGGCCAUGGCAGAGAACAUCCUGGCAGCUGCUUGCGAGAGCGAGACAAGAAAAGCAGCCAAAAGGAUGCGCCUGGAGAUCUACCAGUCCUCACAGGACGAGCCCAUAGCCCUGGACAAGCAGCACUCCCGGGACUCCACAGCCAUCACCCACUCCACCUACUCACUGCCAGCCUCCUCCUACUCCCAGGACCCUGCGUACGUCAACGGCGGCCUCAACUACAGCUACCGCAGUUACGGGGCCUUGAGCAGCAACCUGCAGCCCCCUGCCUCCCUCCAGACAGGAAAUCACAGUAACGGGCCCACAGACCUCAGCAUGAAAGGCGGGGCCUCCACCAUCUCCACCACGCCCACGCCCACACCCUCCAGCAACAGCACCAGCAGGACCAUGCCCACCGCCCAGCUCAGCCCUACGGAGAUCAGUGCUGUGCGGCAGCUCAUUGCUGGCUACAGGGAGUCUGCCGCCUUCCUGCUGCGCUCUGCAGACGAACUGGAGAACCUCAUUUUACAGCAGAACUGACCCCAGCAGCACCUGGAGUGCACUCCUUCAGGGAAGGAGGCUGGUGUCCCAGCCCUGAGCCCGGCUUCCUGCCUCACCAGUUGGUACAUUUUGCUUUUUGAAAGAGGUGGGAUCCAAAAGAGCUGUUUCUAGCCACACUCCAAGCACCUGAAACUUCGGGCACAAGGACACUUUUUUUUUUGGAAUCUCACCACACGGGUGCUCUGACCUGCUUGGAAGAGGCCAAUGUGGCAGCUUUGGAAGGGCUGGGGCUCCCCAUGACAAGGCGCUGGGCCACAGCUCUAUUUAGAAUCAUCUUCGUGGACCCUGAUGUUAGAAUCCUACCCCCAGAUAAUUACCUUUCAAGUCUUAGGUGAGCAGAAUUGCAUAUUUAUUGAGAGAAACAAAGUGGACCCUUUCUUCCUCUUCCCUUAGUAAUUUAUUUUUCUGAAAAUGGAUUCUUUUGUGUUUGUACAGAUUGCCAGUCUGUGUCUGUCUGAUUAGAAGGAUGUGUCCCUGUGACCUAACAUUCCAUAUCACUACACUGGUGCGGGCGGGGGUCUGCGGGGCAGGGCAGGGCUGGCACAGGGCGGGCUAGUCCUCUGAGUGCCCAGCACCGCCAAGCAGGAGCACCUCACUUAAACCCACUGCAAAGCAAACAAAAUCUGCUCCUCCUCCUUCCAUUCCACAGAAGCCCCAGUCGCAUGGUCACCUGUAUUCUACCUCACACUCCAGCGUGGGCUUUUUCUAGGAUGUGCCCUGAGCCUGUUCUGAAUGGCUGUCUCAACUCCCCCAUGCAGAGUGCCCGGGAGGUAAGUUCAGACGGGUGGCCAGGAGCUGGAGCCCAGAGAGGGCCCUGGCCCUCCAAAGCAGCAACUCACAGGUCCCUAAACCCUCCUGGCUGCUCAACAGGACAGAGCUGCAAGUCAGUCGGCAGGGCCCUUGCCCUGCCCCAGGGGCCAGGUUUGGGCCCUCAGAUACCUUUUCUUCAGUGUGAGCCCCCCAGCUGUCAGGCACUCACCAAACAGGAAAGAAAGCUGUGACACCUGGGCAGACUGAGCUCCUGUCCCCUCACCCCCGUAGCCAGAGUUGAGUACAUCAACAAAGAAGUAGAAAAGCAACUUGGGUUCUGCUAGGACCAGUCUUUCCUCUGGAAGGGCCAGUUCUGAAAGAGACCCAUAAUCCCUGGAGUGUGAAAGUGGGCAAAAAGAAAAAGCUGGCCUGGUUUCCUUCUUCCCCAAUAGGCACUUCCUCUUGCUCAGUGCAAUACCUACCAGUGCUGCUAAAACCAGGGAUUCGCCCAGACCUCAGAAGGCCCACUGGGUCUCUCCAUGCAACACUCCGUAGCCAUGACAGCAGCUCUCUGCUGUGUGCCCCUGCCCCAGUUGGCAGAAGCCCUCCGUUGCCUUUCCUCCCUCACAGCAAAGAGGCCCCAGGGGAGUCAGGGCCAAGUGGACCCCAGGACAGCCACAGAAAACCACUGGGUCCCAGAGCAGACAACCUUCCCAAACCAGCUUUUCUGUAGCCAGCUGCCUCCUGGCACUGGCAGAUCUCCCUCAGGAGGGGCGGGGAGGGGGCUCUAGCAUGGACAUCCCACCCUGCCUCACAUCGAGAACUGAUCUGUGGGCCCCCUAACUCAGAAACUGCAAGGUAGGAAGCCCCACCACCCUAUGCUUACUUCCAGCCUCUAGAGGUUGGGAGCGGUUUCUUUUUCCUCUCUCAAGUGGCCUCCAACACCCACCCCACUCCCGCCUUCCAUCUGACUCCUCUCCAGGCCUCCAUCAGGGCCAGGAUGACCACGAUUCGCCCUUAGCACAGCACAAACUCCAGUGUCCAAUGUCUCUUCUGAAACCUAGUCAUCAACAUGUCCAGCCCCCACACCCCUACUCAGUACCACUCCCGGAUGUUUGAAUUUGUGUAAAUAUUUAUUUUUGUGUGUGAACAAUACUACAAAGUAAUCAGUAGAUCUUUUGCAAAAUGUUACCCCAGGCAAUUUGUGGAAAUCGUAAAUGUUAAAAUCUGGCAGAGACAAUCGCCACCUUAGAAUUCUUGGUAUGAAUUGCUUAACAUGUCAUUUCUCCUCCCAGAGGCAGGACCCAAGUACGGCACAAAUGGUUUGACUUUCUUGACAGACAGGAGUGAGAAAGACUGGAGAAGGGGCUCCCGUCACCAACUGCACAAAAGAUUAGAUCUAAAGAUCAGUCUAAGCUACAGUUUGAAGUCACAUUUUUCUGAGUUCAAGCUGUCCUAACCAACCACCUUCAGCCUGCCUUAGUACUGCAGUAAGAGCAUAGGUCCAGUGUGUUGUAAAGAGACAGGAAAGGACCACCAGUGGGCCGCCCCCCCCACCGGCCCCUCCAGGACAGUGGGUUCUGUCAUGCUGAUGCCACCUCCUGGGCAGGGUGGAUGCCCCCUGGUAAUGGCAGAAUCAGGAGCAAGUUACUGUGUGGAAACAGGAUUCCAUUAGCUAGUUCAGUCAGGGAACUUGUUCUGUUUUGCUUUUGUUUGAAAAGAUGCAGCUUCAACCCUUCCCUUGGCUCCUAACUUGGAGAGCAUCGAAGAGCUAGUUCUUCUGAACCUCUCCCACUGCCCGUCUUCACCCUCACCCCAGGGACUGCCUUCUCCCCAGGAAGCUUCCAAAACCCUGACCAAGCCCUGACCAUUUAAAAUUCACAUGGAGGGCCACAGGGCAUGACUAAUAAUUUGGAAUCCUAAGUUUAAAAGGUUAAAAAAAAAGUGUAGAAUACACUAAUUCCAGAGUCUUUGCAGAAGGCUACUCGCACAAGAAAGGUAGACCUGGGAGAGAAGUGGAAACUGGUCUUAGUUGUGGGUCGUCCAGACCAGUGAGUGUAAACCAUCUUAAAUUCAUUUUACCAUCACCACUUGGACAGUGGACAGUGUUGAGGGGAGGGGGACAGGCAAGGGUUAGGAGGGCUUUGGAGGAUGUCAGAUAGGCGGAAACCAGCCAUCCCUAUCCCCAAGGGCCACUUACGACUCCAGGGGUGGUUACAGGAUUAACUACCAGUUCAUUUUCAAAAAUGCUGCUUUGAACUCAGAGGGUUGAUACUUUUAAUUUGUAAUUUUUUGUAAAACUUUUUACAAGAUAGUAAAGUAUUUCACCAGAAUACCAGUUUCAAUCCGUCCAUAGUCUGAUUUUUAUAUAAUUUAGUGGUGCUUUAGAAACUUUGUUUUUGUUGUUUCUGAGCUAAAUGGCUCAAUCUUUUUUCGCCUGUAUCUACCUAAGACCAAUGUGAACCUUUGUAUUUUUGCUCCUAAUUUUGGACUCAGUGAAAGUGUACUGUUUACAUGUACAGAUGCCCCAGCCCCUGUGUGUUCUGCAAGACUCGCUCUUGAGGAAGGUGCGCCUCACUAUAAGCUCAUCUGCUUAGCAAAGCCACCAAACAAAACCUCUCACUUCUUACCUGUUUCCACCUAAAAACACAAACAAAACCUUACACCACACAGAAUAUGGAUUUGCUGAAAAACACUUUUCUAAGCUAAAAAAAAAAAGAAAAGAAAGAAAAAAUCUCUGCAGCAGGUGGCCCACAUGCCCCGUCAAAUGGUCCAUUCAGGAGAACGGCUCAGGACAGACUUGCUAGCAGCCACUGGAGGAUAACUGCCUGGACAGGCCAAAGCAGGCCUCUGCUGCAGAGCGGUGGCAAGGAGACAGCUCUUCUAGCAGUUCUAGCAGCUGGGGAACGGGAAAGACAAGGUGGCCCACGUGACCUUUAGAGUCAAGCCACCCAGGAUUUCAGGACAGCCUAAGAAGUCACCGGUCCUGUGGCACGUGUUCUGGAAGAGCAUGCACUCCCUCUGAGAUGGGGUUUUAAUGAGGCUCCCCAGUGCGGAUGGCACAGGCAUGUUUUUUCAGGGUUCCCUCAGAGGCAGCUCGCUCACAAGUCAUCGCUUCUGGGGAGGGGCAGGGGCUACAGACAGUAAGUAUAUGGCACUUAAGGCAAACAGUGGAUGACACCAACUUUUAAAGGUGACUCUUUAGUACUAAUCAAUGGCUUCUCCUCUAAAUUAUAUUUUUACAAAUAUGCACCUAUGCAACUUAACGUGGCUCUUCUAAGCAGGUGAGGACUUCCUCCUCAAUGCUCUAUAAAGAUUAUUUGUGUUCUAUAUAGUGAGUUUUUCCAGUAAAUGUGGCUUAAUAUUUUAAUUCUUAGAAUGUGUCUUCUCUAUGUGAUGCAACUAAAUUCUGUUUUGUUUGUGGAAUGACUAGCACAGGCCAACUCCCUCUCCCCUCACUUAACAAAAGACCAAUGAGCUGUUAAUCAAGCUGUUAUCUCCAUGGUAUUACUUGCUAAAUGCACUGAUUUCAUAAGUAUGUGGAAUCCUUUUUCUUUUGAAUCUGUAUAUCAUAUAUAAGACUGAAUCUACUUAAUAAACACUGAAUAACAAAC